AUGUCCUCGAGCUCUAGCCGGCAUCAUGGUCUGGCGCAGCAAGGUGCAUUGCUGACCUCUGACUCCACGUCGCCCUCUCACUCUUCCUAUGGCUUUGAUGAUCCAUACAGCGUAGAUGUGCUGGCCCCUGCCUAUCAAACGCACAAUGGCCCUCGUUCAUCUCCGUAUAAUUUGUCACGACAAGAGAUGCUGAAAGGACUUGCGAAUCGUUUCGUGCAUUCUACGACGUAUUUAUACCUUUAUAUCACGAUGGCCGCCCUUUCCUUUGUGACAGUUGUCAUCUCCCUGUUGUGGCGGUGUCCCGGCGUUCCCUUUUACGUCCUUGAAUUGCUUGUUAACGUGGCGCUGGUCGCUGAAGUAGGCAUCCGCUUGGUGGCUUUUGGCAAGAACUUUUGGAAAUCCACAUUCAAUAUCGUGGACCUCUGCUUGGUUGUGGUCUGCAUCUUUACUCUGCUGAUUUUGUUCUUUGGUCAUGGCUGCUCACCCAUUUCGAGGCGGUCAGGUGCUGGAGAAGAGCUGUUUGACAGUUUCCUGCUGAUCAUCCGCAAUAUUGUCCAAUGCAUGCGGCUAUUGAGCGUGAUCCGUCGCAGUGGGUACAAUGUAACGAGUCGGAUCUCUGCCAUUGACCUGAAUGAUGCACAUGGCUACAACCUGGAUUUGGAUCUGGAAGAAGAAAGUUCUCUAGCGCAGCAGCGUAUGCGCGAUGGAGGUGACAGCCAAUCGCACAAUCAGGGCUGGACACCACAAUCUAUGGUUCAUAGUGGGUCGGCGCACAAGCCAGACGAGAGCAUUAUUGCGAUCGAUGGCGCAUACGCCGACUCUGAUCUGUAG